AUGCUGAAUGCCUUGCAGCAACAGCAGCAGCAAGAUGCAUCAGCGGAGCCCGUAUACGCAUCUCAGGAGGCAGCCUGUAUUGAUGGUACCCAGUUUGUCCAGCGCUUUGAAGCCGCGGUCCCGCUGAUGCUCCCUCUAAUCGCCGAGGAAAUAAACCGAGUCGCUGAUCCCGAUCGUCUAGAUCAAGAAGAGAGCCGGCGAGGAUUGGCUGGGCAGCUGGACGGGAGUGAGGGGGGGGGUCUUUCAAGUUCUUCUGUAGCAAAGCUGGCGGAUGUUAGCACGCACUCGAAGGUUGAGGAGGCCCAGUCACUGAAGGGGCCCUCUCUGCUGCUGCUCAUAACCAAAGACAGCAGCAUAGAGUGCCUCGCGGAUCACCUGCUGCCAUUUGUGUGGGGCCUCCUCACGGGGGCCUCAUGCAAACGAGUCUUUGUUGCUCCUGUCGAGGCAGCAGCUGCUCCUGCUUAG